CCGGCGGCGGCGGAGGGGGGAGAGACCCAGGUCAGGCCGGGGCCGCGUAGCGCUACCGGGAACCGGGGCUGCCCCGCUCCGCUCCGGUUCCCGGCUUCCCGCCGGGCCGAGCGGAGCCGAGCUGAGCUGAAGAGAGGCGGGCACCGGCGAUACAACCGGCGGGGCGAGCGCGGGGGCCGCACGCCGACCCCCGCCGCGGGGCUCCAGGGAUCCGGGAGCGGCGGGCGGCCGUCGGGGAUGUCCUACAAGCCCAUCGCUCCCGCCCCCGCUACCCCCGGAGCCGCCAGCGCCAGCCCCGCCCCGCCGGGGCCCGGGGCACCGUCCGCCGCCACGAGUGUCCCGUCGCCCUCCGGUUCCGUCCCUGGCGCCGCCGCCCCUUUCCGGCCGCUCUUCAAUGACUUCGGGCCGCCGUCCAUGGGCUACGUGCAGGCCAUGAAGCCCCCCGGGGCGCAGGGCUCGCAGAGCACCUACACUGACCUGCUCUCGGUCAUCGAGGAGAUGGGGAAGGAGAUCCGGCCCACCUACGCCGGCAGCAAGAGCGCCAUGGAGCGGCUGAAGCGGGGGAUCAUCCACGCCCGGGCGCUGGUCAGGGAGUGCCUGGCAGAGACAGAGCGAAACGCCCGCACGUAACGGCAGCUGCCGCCCGGGACCCCCCGGGACCUCCCGGUGGUGGCGGCGGGGGCGGGGGGGCAGCCGUGCUGCCCGAGCCCCCCCUCCCCGCUCUCUCCGCUCUUUAUAAAUGCGUGUUUUUAUAAAUAAAGGAUGAUGUUGGGA